CCACUUUAUAAAAUAAUCAUUAACUAUUACAAUAAAAUUAUUUUUCCAAGUAAUAAAAUCAAAAUACUUGAAACAUAUAAAUUUUGAUUUCUCAGAACUUAGGCGGAUCUAUGGAAGUAUGAAGGCAGCACUUCCAAUACUAGCAACUGCAAACCAAUACAGGAGUUCUUUUCGCAAGCGGACAACAAAUACUUUGAGGAUAGAUCGAUAGGAGGGAUGAUAGAAAUAUAACAAGUCACAGGGCAUAACGAAAGUUGGAGGUCCCGUUGCCGGAACUACUGAGGAGAAAGCGUGUCAACUUCCUGCAGUAUCUUCUCGGACGAGUAGACCCAAGACACGGGUGUUAGUGACAACUGGAAGUUUACUUGCUCUUGAGUCUGCCAUUCGGGAUAUGAUUCUUUCUUCGUGGAGCGGACACACGGCAAAGUCCGUCGAACUUUUGCAUGAGGUCAUUGCGAGUUGUGCCGCAUCCCUAAGCGUCGUUUCUGAUGAAUUGUUCCGGAAAGUUGAUUGGACAAGUAGUUGUCAUGGAGAUUGUCCUUGUCCAGUAGGGGGACAAAAGACUUCGGAGGUUUUGUAUGCGCUCAACAGAGAAAUAUGUCUGUGUCAACUAACGAAGGCAGUCCGGAAAUUGACAACUCAAUCAAGUGAAGAUUCAUACGAUUUAUCCAAAACUUGGGGAGUUUGAAUUGCUCUACCUCAAGGUCAGGGCCGAGCUCCAGAAGUCUACUGUAUUUGAAGUUGUACGAAAUUUCAAACUAAAGCUACUACGAAAAAUGGAGCGUUGAAGUAGGCGAAUGAGCUGAAGAUACACACGUUACCGUGUGUAGUAUGAAUGGGCUUGGAGUACCAAUCGCAGAGCGCUUUGUCUUUCACUUUGUCUUCGUCUUUGCCCAGCACCCGUGUGAGCGAAGUUGGGUAUCGUGAGAGAGGGAAAUGUGGUACUGAAAGGAAGCUCGAUUCAAACAUACGCGUAUAAGAAACCUGCAGUUUCUAGGUCGUUUAGUGCUCUCGUCUUGCUAGGUAGCAAGGGCAUUUGGAAAUGCUGGGGACCUGGCAGUCCAUGGCAAGCAAUUUUUUAUGUCUUGAUGCAAUCACUCCGGAAAUUUUUCUUGUA